CCGUCCCAGCUCCCUGCACUUGAAGCGAGGGGGGCGGGCGCUACGUUGCAGGAUCAAAACGGCUGCGAGGGCGGAAGAAUGCGCCGAGAAGGACCGAGAGGGCGGUCAGUUCCUGCUCAGCCCCAUGCAUCCGGCCUCAAGGGCUCCCGAACCUAUUACCAAAGCUAAGUUUCCACCCCAGGGCCGGUCGGGCGUCCGCAAAGGGCAGCCUCCUACGCCUACGGGGAAAGCACGAAAAGGCGGCCUGGGGCAUCCCGGACGGAACCCGCAAGACGCACCGCCCUCCUGGAGCCAAUACUGGCUGCCCCCCCCGCCCCCCAAAACCAGCCCUGAGAACUACAGGAAUAUUCCAGCACCCACAGAGAGCUUAAAAGCAGAGCCAGGUCUGGAGCUGAGACACUGGAUGCAGAAGUGGGGGGGGGGAGUAUUCCUGGGGAUCUCCAGCCACCAUCUGGAGGUUGGCAACCUUGGAGAAAGUAGCUAGCUCGCCAUCUGGUAAAGGCUGUGGCUCCGUCUUGGCUUAGGCCAGAGGCUGUCCGGUAGUUCUUGAAUAUAGAGGAAUCCCCUGCCUAGAGGAAUAGCAAGUGCAGAUCUUCUGGCCUGUCCCUUUCUUCUGUAGUAUAGCCUACCUUGCAUUCGUUCCACAUUCUUCUUCCCCUCUUACCCUGAUCCACACAGAGAGGAGUGACUAGGUAGGAAGGACUGUGCAACUACAAAUUGCCACGGAAGGUUGCAUUUUCAGAUUGCUUUUGCACAUUUUAAACUCCCUGCAACUAGUAGACUAGCACCAUGCUAGUUUUGUGUUUGCAUGCAACAGAAUAUGCGGAGCUCGGAUCCAGUACUUGCAAUAUGACUCCUACCACCUUGUUCUCCUGCAGGGCUUUUCCCCCCUGGGGAUACAAGCACCAGCACCUCUUUUAGCUGGCAGCCUUGGGCACCAAGGCAGCGAACAUUGUGAGUACCGCACCUCUUGUAGGAAAAAGCCCCACUGUACGCCCUGAUGCAAGAUGGCGUCAAAGAGGCUGCGCGUGGCUGUGAUUGGAGCGGGAGCAGCAGGGCUGUGUGCUGCCCGCCACGUCCUCAACUACCCUGACACUUUCCUUCCUCCGGUGGUGUUUGAGGCGUCUGAUCAACUGGGAGGCACCUGGGUUUAUACUGAGCAGAGCGGGGAAGAUGCUGAGGGAUGGCCCAUCCAUUCCAGCAUGUACCACGAUCUCAGGACCAACCUUCCCAAAGAAGUCAUGGCCUUUCCGGAUUUCCCCUUCAACCCAUCACUGCCAUCAUUUGUGCACCACUCAGAUGUGCUGGCCUACCUGGAAAGCUACGCAGAGCACUUUGGCGUCCAGGACCAUGUCCAGUUCCGGUGGCAGGUGAAUGACGUUAGGCCUGUGCUAGGGGACCAGGGCACUGCAAGUGGCUGGGAUGUCAAGGCAACUGUGCGGGGGUCAGGAUUGACACAGCAUGUCUCGGAACAUUUUGAUGCCAUCAUGGUCUGUACUGGUCAUUACGCCAUCCCAUUCAUACCACCCAUUCCUGGUCUGGACAGCUUCCAAGGCUGCCUCCUGCACAGUCACUCGUACCGGCGCCCAGAGCCCUUUGCAGGUUUGACUGUGGUGCUGGUGGGUGCGGGUGCAUCAGGUGUUGACCUGGCAAUGCAGCUGUCUCCCGUGGCUGCUCAUGUGGCGCUCAGCCACCAGGGGCCUCCUGUGUGCGGCCUACCUGAAGAUAUCCUGCAGGUGCCCCGGCUCUUGAAGGUGGUGAAGGAGAUGGUGGUGUUUGUGGAUGGCUCAGUGCUGCAGCCUGAUGUCUUGAUUCUCUGCACUGGCUACCGGUACCGCUUUCCCUUCUUGACCUUGGCCCGGCUGGGCUUACAGGAGACAGAAUAUGGUGUGGGCCCCCUGUACCGGCACCUGCUUGCCCCCCAACACCCUUCGCUGUUCUUUAUUGGCCUCUGCCAGCAAAUCUGCCCCUUCCCACACUUCCACUGCCAGGUGCUGUUUGCGCUUGCAGUGCUCCGAGGCCACUGCCUCCUUCCUUCUGCGGCGGAGAUGGAAGCUGAUGCCCAAGGGCAGCUAGACCGGUAUCUGAGGGAGGGGGGAUUGGCUCGGCAUUUUCUGAGGCUCAAGGCUCAACAGUGGAGCUAUGCAAAGGAGCUGGCCAAACUUGCAGGCUUCCCACCUUUACCUCCUGCAGUCCAAGAGAUCUAUGAAGCAGUGCGUGCCAGACGGCUCCACAAUGUGGGCACCUAUCGCAAUGUGAACUAUCGCCUGUUAGGCCCUGAUGCUUGGGAACAGGUGUGGGAUUCUGGCAAAGCCCCGGAAGGUGAUGGAAAUGCAGAAUGAAGGUAAUCUGUUAAGGAUUCUAUACCCUCUGUAGAAGGGAGAGGACUCAUUUGUGGCUUCCCACCAGUCAUAAAAGGAGCUGGACUGAGAACAAUAAAGUUGAGACAGAAAACAAGAAUGAGCCCAGCGGCAUCUUAACAACUGACGAAUGCAUUGUGACAGUGGGAGUUUGUGGGAGCAAAAGUGUGAAAUAGACAAUGCACAUGGUGGAUAUAUAUAGCUGUGAGUGGGUGUAUGGAGAUCUGUUUUGCGAGGUGAGUUAAAAAGGUAAAUGGAUGGCUUCCAACAACAGCGUCAUGUAGAUCAAAAUUAAUAAGGUCCUGAUUGUGAGUCCAGGCACAAGCGACCCAAGCAGUAUUUAAUUUGCACAACAGAUAGGUGACGGUUCAUAGCAAUCUAGCCAACCCUACUCUGCUUGAGCCGGAAGAAAUUGGGAGUCCUCCCAGAUUAGUACAAGGGUCCAUCUAAUCUUGCUUUCUGCAGUGACCAGUCUGAUGCCUUCAGGAAGCUCUCAAGACAGCAUCCCUCUCCUAGUUAUUUACACGUUCCCUUCUGUGACCAGCCUUGAGAGUAUACAACUUCUGAACCUGGAGAGUCCAUUUAGCUAGCCUGGCCUUUGAUAGACCUAUCCUCCAAACAAUUGUCUAAUCCCCCUUUAAAGCCCUUGGCCAUCACCACAUCUACUGGCUGAGCAUUCCAUGCAUUAAUUAGACAUUCUGGGAAGAAGUACAGAGGCAGGAUUUGAGUCCAGUGGCAUCUUCAGGGUGUAAGCUUUCAAGAGUCAGAGCUCCCUUCAGACAGAAGAAGAAGGACUUUACUGUUGUCUGUCUUGAACCACUGGAGUAGCACCAAAAGCUAGUAUUGUGGGAGGAAGUUUUAUGUCCAUCAAGGAAGUCUAAUUCUACAGUCUUCUUUCCUGGUUGACUUCUUAUGAGAACUGGUAACCUUGGAAGGCCAGAAACACUAGAAGGGUGCCACUAGGGCUUAUGGGCUGUGGUAUUUUCCACACAGGAAUUGGCUGGUGUGCUUUCCUUGGGGCUGCUGUGGUUGCCAAUAUAGCACAGCGGCAACAGGGCUUCCAUUAAAGUAGAUGUCUCUACAUUUUUGCUGCCCCUGCAAUGUCUGUCUCCUCUCCUAUACCAUCAGGUGGGGGGGGGGCAGGGGCUUUUCACUUUUUAAAAAAAUCAGCAGCUGACAUCUCAUUAUAGCAUUGUAACGGUCUAUCAGGAUAUGCUAAUUCUCAGCUUUCAUUUAAAGAAAGAUACAAGGGGAAGGCAUAUGUCUUCAACAAAAGGAACUAUAGACUUGCUUUAUUUUUAAUGAAGCUGGGGAUUCAGAGAACUUUAUAAGCUAAUUGUUAUAAUUCUGUAACAAUAUUAAGUUGGUGAUUAGAGAAAAAAGCCCUCUGCGUUGUGAGGAAAAAUGGCUGCUGCAGGGUACUGGGUCAGGGGAAAUGAUGUGAAUGUGGGCAGGGUGGGUAAGGGUCGGAUUUUCCUGCCCGCAUGGGCACCGUUGCAGCUUUGUUGCAAUCUUUCCCCAAAAAACUGCAGCAAAUCAGGUUUGAGAAAGUUUGCUGGAAAACCUCAAGGUACAAAGAAGCACCAAGAUGUGGGAAAGCGUGAAAAUAAUUUGUUUCACAAUAUCAAGGCCAGGACGAAAAAAAGUCUGUACGUAGCCUUUCUGAGAGUGGGGAGUCUCCAACCUAUGCAGUGCUUUGAACAUAAGAAUCAAACCAUGCCAGCCUAAGCAAGUCUCUUCGGACUCCUACUCAGGUCUAUCUAGCGGGGCUCACAUGCAGGAAACGGUUCUUAAGAUUGCACUUAAGAUUCUAGUCAUCCUGUAAACAUGAUUAUUCUUUGAGUGGAUCUCCUUAUGUUUUAAUCCACUCUUAUUGCAAAAGGGUUUAAGGUAAAUACAGUGCUCUUUCUUCCAAAAAGAAAAAAAAUAACAAUAAGAACUAGUUCAGCCAAGUUUGUGAAAAAAAUGGAUCUUUAUCAGUUUUUUUGAAUAACAGAUUUAAUGAAAUCCUAUGUUAUACUUACAUGUUUAAUAAACAUUUUAAAAGGGCAUACGCUCUUUGAGAUUA